ACAACAUAAAUAUUGACUUGUAUCGGCGCUGCAGAGCUGGUCGGUAUUGCAGCUACUCCCGCAAGGUGCACACUUUUCGCAGCAUAAAAACGUACAUUCUCGGAACGUUACUGCGCGAAAAAGGGUCGGAUUUUCGUGUCGAGAAGCGCUAGCACACAGGUUUCCCGCUGAAGUACUGCCCUGGUUCGGUAUCAACCGUAAUGGUAGCGUGUGAUCGAUUCUAAUCAUGAGCGUAAUCGAUUUUCUCCUAAGCAGAAACAGUCUCGUAAAGUAGGAGAAGCACACAAAUUGCCGAUUGCCCGGUGCGGCACCGGUCCGUUUUGUUAUCCUUUCUUCAAUGCUUUCACACUCGAGAACCGUCAAAAUUUAGUCGAUUUUCUCCGGCACGGCAACGAUCUCUUGAACCAUCGAACGAGCGUGUGUGGGUUGACCGAAGCCCUGCAUGGUGGUGUAGUUAACGGACGGAACGGAGCUGGCAGAUUAUACUACAACCCUUGCUGAAGAUGAUCCGCCGACUGUUCAGUACGCUCAUUGCGGAUUAUCCACCGGCGGGCGAGUUUUUGCCUUCGGCGCCUCAUCCCAGCAAUCGGCAACCUUCCGGCACUGAAACGGAUCUAGUGCCACCCGCUUUCCGCACGAGCUCGUUACAAUCCUUGAGCUGGCUGCACGCGAUCUCGCCCUGCUUUCCCGUAUCAGGCGACUGUAUCGAGGUCAUCCGCGAGCCGAGCACGUUCUACAACACACUGCUCGACAAAUGUUCCGUCGCGCGUCGAAGAAUCAUGCUAGCCAGUUUGUACCUCGGCACGGGUAACCUCGAAACGCAACUAGUGGCCGCAAUCCAUAAAAAUCUCCGCAACAACGUGCAGCUAAAGGUGGACGUACUGCUAGACUUUACGCGAGGCACACGGGGCGUGCGGAACAGCCAGACCACGCUGAUGCCUUUGGUCGAGGAGACGGAUAACUUCCGCCUAUCCCUGUACCACACGCCGGUGCUGCGUGGACUCACGAAACGGCUCGCACCGCCCCGAUGGAACGAGCUGCUCGGCAUACAGCACAUGAAACUGUACCUCGUGGAUGACACGGUCAUCAUUUCCGGUGCGAACCUAUCCAACGAUUACUUCACCAACCGGCAAGACCGUUACGUGAUGAUCGAGGAUCGAAGGCUUGCCGAUUUCUAUGCCAACUUCCUGUCCAAGGUGCAAGAGUUUAGUCUUACGGUGGGGCGAGACGGUGCUACGCGACUGCACGACACCUGGACCAUGCUGCCGUACAAGUGUGCCCAGCUGGAGUUUGCAACCGAAGCGCGGGAUCGCAUCCGAACGUACUUCCGGAGCGUGAUGGAGGAGCAGCGGGCGGUUUGUAAGCGCGAAGACACACAGCACGCGGACACGUGGAUAUUUCCCCUGAUCGAAAUGGGACAGCUCGGCAUCCAUCAUGACAGUUUGGCUACGAAGCAGCUGCUGUCGGGGUGUUUAGCUGGCUCACGGCUACGGUUGGCGACGGGAUAUUUCAAUCUGACGGAGACGUACAUGAGCACGCUGACCAACGAUUGCCAGGCACAGUGUAACAUCCUCAUGGCACACCCGAACGCAAACGGAUUCCUUGGUGCAAAGGGACCGGCUGGCGGUAUACCAGCAGCAUAUUCGCUGCUGGCUCGCAAGUUUCUCGAAAUGCUCAAAGCGUCCGGCCAAAGCCAUCGGGUGGAACUGCUAGAGUACGAACGGCCCGGGUGGACGUACCACGCGAAGGGCCUGUGGUACUAUUUACCCGACUCGCCCCUACCAAACGUCACGCUCAUCGGUUCGUCUAACCUAGGCGAACGAUCGGUCAACCGCGACCUCGAGGCACAGAUCUGCAUGGUCACCAACAACGCUAACCUGCAGCGCAAGCUCGAGACGGAAUAUCAAAAUCUCCUCCAGCACGCGGCCACGGCCGAAACGGACCUAAUCAACCGACCGGUACCGCGCUGGGUUCGUGCCGUCGUCGGUCUGUUUCGGAACUUUUUCUAAUCUCGCGCCGGCAAGGGCAGGUCCUUUACACCAUGGCAUCACAGACGCCAUUCUCAUGACGCCGUUCCGAACAAACUCUACACAUUCACACAGGUGGAUGAUGGACACACGGGUGCCGGGAUCGGGUUGUUAAUCAAGUCGGAAAUCUUACGGUUUCGGUCCGCGCGCCGUAACAUAGCUUAGUUUCGUCUCUUCGCAUCUGUGCUAGCUUAUAUCGAGCAGAAAAAAUAUCUUGUUACACAAGUUUGUUACCGUUCCAGUUCGGUUCGUACCCGGGUACGGCCAGUUACCAAAGCUACCGAGCAAUAAUUGAACAGGCUGCAGAGGAGGGGGUGUGGACGGAGGUGGGAUAGAGGAUACAGUUCCUUCGUUUGAAUUUAAAAGACGUUGUUUUUAAAACAGUAAAACCUAGCGUACAAAAACCAA